AUGGUUCUUUGCCCAUUUCAAAAGCUAUGCUGCGUCCAGCCGGUGGACGGCCAACAGCCAUUCCUGCUGGCAGCUUCAGGUCCGGUCAUCAACUCGCUGUGCUUGAAAGAUGGAUCAUUUUUGAGCCGUUGGUCGCCAUCCGAUCGCGAGGACGAAGAGUAUGACCAAGCCGCUGCCAAUGGCCAAGAAGCCAGGGCUUCCAAAAGACGAAAGAUAGGAGAGGAAUUUCGUGGGGAACUGCCCCAUCAGGAGUCAGAAGACUCGAUCGAAAUCAUCUCGGAGAGAAAGAAGGGUGAGCGGCGGAAGCCCAAGGUAGAAAACACCACCCUACCGAACGUCUCUCAUAUCAUUACUACCAGUGACGGAAAGACGGCCAUCUGUGUCACUGGCGAGGACAAGUCAGUGAUUGUGUUCGACGUGCUGACGGGAGGGGUUUUGCACUUGAAGAGUCAGAGGGCAAUGCCAAAGCGUGUUUGCGCAAUAGUCCUAACACCGGACGAGAAGAGUCUCCUACUCGGCGAUAAAUUUGGCGACGUCUAUUUGUUACCCUUGCAUCCCACGGCCGGAUGGACACGGCAGAAGCCGCUUCAGGACCAGCAACAGGCGACCUACUCUCCCUCGGCUUCAGAGUUAACAGUGCACACCAAAGGUAAUCUAGAAGCCCUGCGGCAACAGCGUCAGCAAAAGGUGUCUCAACCCAAGAAGGAGGGACUCCAGUUUGAAUGCAAGUUGCUGCUUGGUCAUGUGUCACUCCUAACGGACGUCGCCAUCACUGAAGUCCAAACAGGACUGAAACGACGCCAGUACAUCCUGACUGCGGACCGAGACGAGCACAUUCGCGUGUCUCGGGGGGUCUCACAAGCUCAUAUCAUCGAGAACUAUUGCUUCGGCCAUCGUGAAUUUGUGAGCAAGCUGUGUGUCGUGCCCUGGAAUCCGGAAUUCCUUGUGACGGGGAGCGGCGAGCCUUCUGUGAAGGUCUACCACUGGCAGACUGGGGCACUGUUGGACCAGGAGCUCUUCCAAGGCGAUGUUGGGAAAGACAUCGUCAACUGCCUAGACGUGGAUGGUGGUGGGCGUUUGCUGGAAACUUUGGCGGUGUCCAACAUCUGGCCCGUCCAUUACACCGUGUCAGGCAACUCGCCUCGUUCGCGCCAACCCCCUCAUCUGCUCCUGGUUGCGCUUGAAGGGCUUCCGAUGCUCCUGAGCUACAGCAUUACGCAAGAGGGUCGCUUGAGGCAUCAUCAGACAUUGACGUUGGGAGGAAACGUGUUGGACGUCGCCAUCGGCCCUGCGUUGUGGGCAAUCGUUGUCGGCAUCGACACGGCACAUAAACCUGGGUCCGUUUGGGUCUUGAGGCCCGACGAGACGCCCGCAGGCGAUGCAUUUGAGACAUUUGAACUAUUCUCCAACGUGCCCGCCGACGAAAAUAGUCCCAGACAUCAAGCGGAUGGUGCUCCCGGCGCGGACUUGCGAUGGGAAACUACGAGCCUCGCCAUGCUUCUUAAUACUUCGAGCCUGGACUGCGGCAGGGGUAUGUUAGCGUCAGAAGGUCGCGCAAAGGACAAAGGGCCCUACAGCUCUGCGGGAGACAUGCUCUAUGGCCUGGAAAACCUCAGGAAGAAAAGGGGUCAAGCUGGGGUAGAGGCGGAGGAGGAAGAAGGAGGCGGAGAGGGGACCCCAGCGGAUGCAGAUGCAGAUGCAGAGAGGAUGUCGUGA